GCCGUGCCUAGCUCCUCUCGCGGAAGUGACGGCAAGGCGGCGAUGGCGGCUCGCAGCUUCAUUCCGGACUAUCAGUGGACUACAAACUGAUUUUAAGCCCACCGGCUGGACUUCGGGGGAACUUUUACUCAAGCGCCUCUCUUCGGAUGCCGCACAGAGCGAAGCCGCGUCGUACCGGUGCAUGUCAGCGAGCGGCUUCACGGCUUUUUAGCGGUAUUUUUGUCCCCGAUUUCAAGGUGGUCACCCCGUCGAGCUAGCGGUAGCUUCUCGGCUAUCAGCUAACGGUGGUUUGCGCCGUGGUUCAUACAGCAGCAGCAGGCGACGUGAGGCGGCUUCUUUCCCUUUCAACGCGGCUGUGUGUUCCUGCCACAAUGCUGCGUACGUAAAGCUAGCCGUGCCACAAGUGUGAAGAAGAGCCCGGCCUCUUGUCAGUAGGAGCUGCUGGUUGAGGCGGAUUUUUCCCUGCCUGAAAGCAGCACGUUAAAAGUCGCCUCUGUAUUCACGAGAGCGACUUCGCCAAGCCGGCGUGCUUUAAUAUUCCUUUUGAGACUUGAAGCAGACCCGCUGUGGGGGUCGUUGGGAGCUCAUGAACAUGCUGAAAACCCGGCAGUGUCUACUCGGCAUCCGCACUUUCCUCGGUGUCACGUCCAGAAUAUGGGGCUUCAUCAUGUACAUCCUCAGGAAGCACCUCCGAACGAUAAUCCAGUAUCAGACGGUGCGAUACGACAUUUUGCCCCUGUCGCCUAUCUCCAGAAACAGACUCAAUGCUGUGAAGCGGAAGAUCCUGGUUCUGGACCUGGACGAGACGCUGAUCCACUCUCACCAUGAUGGCGUCUUGCGGCCCACAGUGAGACCUGGCACGCCGCCAGACUUUAUCCUCAAAGUCGUCAUAGACAAGCAUCCAGUCAGAUUCUUUGUACAUAAAAGGCCACAUGUUGACUUCUUUUUAGAAGUGGUGAGCCAGUGGUAUGAGCUGGUGGUUUUCACAGCCAGCAUGGAGAUCUACGGCUCAGCAGUUGCAGACAAGCUGGACAACAAUAGGAACAUCCUGAAACGCAGAUACUACAGACAGCAUUGUACAUUGGAUCUAGGUAGUUAUAUUAAAGAUCUGUCUGUAGUUCAUGAUGACCUGUCCAGUAUUGUUAUCCUGGAUAACUCGCCUGGUGCUUAUCGAAGCCAUCCAGACAAUGCAAUACCCAUUAAGUCCUGGUUCAGCGACCCUAGUGACACAGCACUUCUAAACUUGCUGCCUAUGCUGGAUGCACUAAGGUUCACCGCUGACGUUCGUUCCGUCCUCAGUCGAAACCUCCACCAGCACCGGCUCUGGUGAUUGGCCGAAUGGGGAGGCGUGUUGCUUGUCAAGCAGCCUCUUCCUCUCCGCCGCCGGUUUCCAUCCUGCCCUCUUUUCCCUCUCUGACGACCCACCAGCCCUCCCAGACGUAUUCUGGAGGAGAUGGGAGAGGCUGGGGUGAGCUCCUAACUCGGGAUGAACAGUACGGGAUCACCAGAACCCAAGAACUACUGGGGAGGGAGAGGGAACCGGCUGGGGUUUUUUUUUUUGUUUGUUUUGUUUUUUUGAUUUUUUUUCCUCCUUAAAUUUUUAUUAUUUUUUUUCUAAAACAAAAUGGAGCCUCUCUGCCUUAUAGCUCCUGAUACUGACUGUACGAGUACGAAGGGGAGCUGUGUAAGUGAGUUGGAGCUUGUUAGUCCUUUUUAAACUUUUUUGAAAGCCACGUGGGGAUAAAGAAGCGGAUCAGCGAAGCGACAAAGACGAUUCUACGUCAUUAUUUCUUCCUCUCCUCUACCGCCACCAUCAUUGCACUUCAGCAGCCGCCUCAUCUAACCUUCUCGGUGCAGUUCAGGGGGUUGCAUAGAAAAAUAAACCUUUCAUUGUUGCUUUUUCUUUAGACCAACAUUGUCCACAGAUAUUGAUUCAUUUAUUUCUAAGGUACUAUUUUCGUCUGCCCAACAAGAAUGGAUUCACUGACAUAUUGUAAUUUGCUGGAGUUUGCUUGACAUAAAACAUCCGCAGGCCUUUUAUUCUUUUUAUUCCUGGACAGAUCUUUUCCUCCCACUUCCUGUCAGGAUCAUCGCUCUUUGCCCCCAAGCUCCUCAUGGGACUCGGUGAAAUAAGACUUAAACAUUGUGAGAAAAACAAAUGGCUUGUUAAUGAUAUGUGGACUGCCGUGCCGCUUUUCCAUAUGAUUGUUUUCUGCCACCAUGAUAUAUGAUAAGAAUCAAUUCUCCAUAAAAGACGUUUUGCUCUCUCAUUUAAUGCCAUCCUGGAUUUACCUAAUAGGAAAUUGCAUUUAACACCUUUACUCCCCACCUUUUUUUUUUUUUUUUUUUGCAGAUUAUUUCUGUUUUACAACCUUCCCUGUUCUGUUUCCACCCCAGAUUGUAUGGGUUCAGCUGUAAGACCCUCCAUCUUAAAAAUGCCUUCUGAACAAUGUCAGUUUCGUCAAAGCUCACAGCGGCUUCAUAUCGGCUCUGUCUCCAUGUCUGUGUUACUAAUAAAACACUCGUCAGUAUCGACCUGCUA